CGGUUUGCAAGUGCGGUUUUAAAAAGUAAAAAGUGCCGUACGAGCAGCUUAGAACCGCCUUUUCAGAACGCAGUUCUGUCGGUGGUUUCAGUGACCGGUCAAAUCAAUCGGAGCGUGAGAGGAAGAUCGAUAAAGCCGCCGCCUCCUUCUCCUUGUUUCAUUACAUCGUCGUCGUCGUCUUCUUCUCAGCGCAGCUUCUUCUCACAUCGCAUCGGCAAUUUCUUCAUUUUUUCCGGCGACAUUUAUCUCUGAUGGAUAUAACACAAGAUUUUGGCCCACGUGAUCCCAGUGUUCUAUACCAACAGGAGAACCAUGUGUCACAAAAUGUAGUUGCAGGACUUACAGACACUACGCUACAUGUUAGACGAGGCGGUUUAAGUUUUGCUCAGUUGCUUCAGAAAACCCCCCGCCACCCUCGUGUUCUUCAGUUAUUGUAUGAGAUGGGCUUCUACGGUGUUCUACGUUGUGGGCACAUUGAGAUUGACAACCAUCUUAUCACUGCAUUAGUGGAAAGAUGGCGACCUGAGACACAUACCUUUCAUUUUCCAGUGGGAGAGGCAACUGUCACCCUCCAGGAUAUCGCUUUAUUGUGGGGCCUUCCUAUUGCUGGCCAUCCCAUAGUCGGAAAGGAUAAGAAGAAGAGUGUUGAAGAGUGGCAGGACUACUGCUUUAGAUGGUUGGGGUAUCGUCCAGACACGAGCUCACUUAGGAAUUCUAAUCUCAAGAUGUCUUCAUUGAUCCAACGGCUACUAAAUCACCCAGUCGAUGAUGACAGCAACAUUUUGGAUGUCAUGCAGGAAGCAAGGAUAUGUGCCUUAUGUCUUCUUAGUGGUGUUAUGUGCCCUGAUGCACAGGGGAGUCACGUGCCAUUGUUUUAUCUCCGUUACAUGGAGAACAUUUGUGACACAGGGUCAUACAGUUGGGGCACAGCAGUAUUAGGUUACUUGUAUAGAGAGUUGUGCGUUGCAUCACAAAUAGGUAAAAUCAAUAUAGGUGGAGCGAUGCAUCUUCUACAGAUAUGGGCAUGGUCUCGCAUAACUACGCUUACACCUCAAAAAGUUGAUGACAAAAUAGGGAUGGGGCCCAUAGUGGUUGAUGAGGAUAGCAUCUUACCUAUUCCUCCAUAUGGUGCACGUUGGACGAUGCAGAUGAGUCUAAAACACACUGUUAAGCACUCAUUACGUAUCUUUAGGGAGAUGUUUGACAGAAUGGUUCCAGGGGAGUUUAUAUGGCAACCGUAUGAUAUGGAUUCGGAUGAAGUACGAUCAUUGCCGGAUGCAGUCGCACCUCACUUGUGGACUGCAAAAUGUCCAUUAAUCCACCAUGCAAUUGUAGAAAUUCAUCAUGCAGAGCGGGUUCUUCGACAAUUUGGCAUGAUUCAAGAUAUCCCUCCUCUUCCAGAUGAAAGUGAGCGUAAGUUACAUUCAAUCAAUCGUCGAGGUCGUCAUGAUGAAGAUUGGGCUUGGUAUCACCGAGAGUACGUUGCGCAAUGGGCUAACGUACACGAACUGGUUGUUAGAAAGCCAAUGAUCCAACCAGGUGGCUCAAGUAUGGUCGAUGAUUACAUGUCUUGGUACUAUCAGAUUACAAGGAUUCGAGUCUCUAAAUCACUUGAACCAAACACAAUUGGAUACCAUCCCACUAAUCUAAGUGACUGGCAAUAUGUGGUUGAUAGAUUGAAACAACUUGUUGUAAGUUGUGAUACAGUAGAUAACAAUGACUUACAAGCGCUAAACCAAUUAAGAGUAACAUGUCGUGGGAUAGCAACAGAUCUCAUUGACUACUCUCGAGCACGCUAUCCUGCUGCACAAAUGCAUGAUUUUAUUGAGGAUUCCUCACAGGGUGAAUGCUAUAACACUAGUAAACGGAAGCGGUUGAUAGACCUUAACAGUUCUAAUCACCAGGAUAACAAUUCAAUGGAACUUGGAGGAUGACCUACUAACGCUAGACGACAUUCAGUUUCAUAUGACAAUCCCACAGUUCGAGACUGUGUAUUUUUGCAUUAUUUUUUAGACUAUUUCACAUGUACGCUAUACUAUAGAGUUUUUUUUAAAAUUAUGCUAUUUUAAUUAUUUAAUCCUUUUCUUUAGUUUAUUAAUGUGUGUGUCUGUGUGUAAAUGUGAUUUAAGUAUCGAACAGAAGUCUCUUGGUCAAGGUCAA